CAGACGCCGCGCUGCCGUGAGGAUGCCGCAGCUGCCGGGGGCCGGGGGCGGCGGGGGGGACCCGGAGCUCUGCGCCACCGACGAGAUGAUCCCCUUCAAGGACGAGGGGGACCCCCAGAAAGAGAAGAUCUUCGCCGAGAUCAGCCACCCCGAGGAGGAGGGCGACCUGGCCGACAUCAAGUCCUCCCUCGUCAACGAGUCCGAGAUCGCCCCCGGCGCCAACGGGCACGAGGUUUCCAGGCAGACUCAAGCACAGGAUUCCUACCAUGAUAAAGGCAGAGAACACCCCGAGGAAGGAAAGCAUCCAGACAAUGGCUUAUACAGCAAGGGACCAUCGUACUCUGGUUAUUCUGGGUAUAUCAUGAUGCCAAAUAUGAAUAACGACCCAUACAUGCCUAAUGGAUCUCUGUCGCCACCCAUCCCCAGAACAUCCAACAAGGUGCCCGUGGUACAGCCUUCUCAUGCGGUUCACCCCCUCACCCCUCUUAUCACCUACAGCGAUGAGCACUUUUCCCCGGGGUCACACCCGUCGCACGUCCCUUCUGAUGUCAGCUCCAAACAAGGCAUGUCCAGGCAUCCUCCAGCUCCUGAUCUCCCUACCUUCUAUCCCUUGUCUCCAGGGGGGGUUGGACAGAUAACACCACCUCUUGGCUGGCAAGGUCAGCCUGUAUAUCCCAUCUCGAGUGGAUUCAGGCAGCCCUAUCCAUCCUCACUCUCAGUCGACCCUUCCAUGUCCAGGUUUUCACAUCACAUGAUUCCUGGUCCUCCAGGCCCUCACACAACUGGAAUCCCUCACCCAGCUAUUGUAACACCUCAAGUAAAACAAGAACAUCUGCACAACGACAGUGAGCUAAUGCAUGUGAAGCCUCAGCACGAACAGAGAAAAGAACAAGAGCCAAAAAGACCUCAUAUUAAGAAACCUCUGAAUGCUUUCAUGUUGUACAUGAAAGAAAUGAGAGCAAACGUUGUAGCAGAGUGUACUCUGAAAGAAAGUGCAGCUAUCAACCAGAUCCUUGGCAGAAGGUGGCAUGCUCUCUCCCGUGAAGAACAAGCAAAAUAUUAUGAACUAGCUCGUAAAGAAAGGCAGCUACACAUGCAGCUUUAUCCAGGCUGGUCUGCAAGAGACAACUAUGGGAAGAAAAAGAAGAGGAAGAGAGAAAAGUUGCAGGAAUCAGCAUCAGGUACAGGCCCCAGAAUGACAGCUGCCUACAUCUGAAGCAUGGUGGGAAAAGAAAUGCUUUCUCAACUUGCAAAGCAAAGGCGGCGACACCAGGACCCCUUCUGGAGAUGGAAGCUUGUUAAACCCUAGGUGUGUCCUUCAUCCGCACAGACCACCCCCAAGGAGUCUGUCUAGGAUGUCAUUCACCCUGAUGUCACUGCUAGAGACACUGAAUCAUAAAGACAAUCACUGCCAAAAUCCUUCACUAUCACGAGGUCCAGCCCUGAUAUAAAUAGAGCAAAUGAGCUCCUGGGUCAGCAGAGCAGCUUUUGUCUUCACCUCUGCCUUGCACUCUUAAGCCCCCGUCUCAUCUGUGUCCAUAUUGAGUCAGCAAACACAGUAGCAUGGCUGUCUGUGCCUGCUUCAGCCAGAAUUCCAUAGACCACAGCUGCCCCAUACAGCACAUCGAGGGAUGGAAUUUGCCUGGACCGGGAUGACGCGCUCAACCUUCUUUUUAUUUAAUGGUGCGACAGGAUCAAUUUUGGUUUUAGCUUUUUUUAAGAAACUUGAAUGCUUUUAUAUUUUAACUUUUAGUUUGUAAUUUCUUUGGUGUAUAUUUUACUAGGUAUGAGCUUAAACAAGUGUCAAAAAUCUGAAAUACUUUUUAAAUAAAAGGAGUUUUUCUUUUUUUUUUUUUCUGCCAGAGGAAAAAUCUGUAUGGAAAAAGGUGGCUGUUUUGUUAAACUAUUUGUAACAAAUAGUGGCCUCUCAGUCUAUAUAAUACAGUGUCCUAUAGAACUAAAUAAAUGUAACAACAGUCAGCUGGUCAGUAGACAUGUUAGUCUUGCAUCAUCUACUCUGUAAACAUAAGCAAUACAUCCAGCAAAUCUGACUGCAGUGAGUUCUCCUUCUCACCCAUUCCCCUUCUCCUUGUAAAAAGCCCAGCACUUGAAUUAUUACUUCAAUUGUUCUGUAUUUGUAUCUGUUUUUGUUAGCCUGUUAGUGGGAUUUUAUGCCAGUUGUUGAAAUGAGCAUUGAUGUACCCAUUUUUUUAAAUAGUAAGGCACAGCCUUUGCCAAAAAUACUGUCAACCAAUUUUUUUUUUUGUCAUUCCAGUUUGAGUUAAUGUGCUGAGCAUUUGUUUUUUAAUAAAAGCUUUGUAAUAAAAUGAAA